AUGUCCUGGCGCCGCACCCUCGACGCCAGCGGUCAGCGGCUGGGACAGAGGAACACCAUGCUGCCGAGUGUGCUGGGCUGGACGGCCUGCCUACUGGGCUGGGCGGCCUGCCUGCUGAACUGGACGGCCUGCCUGCUGGGCUGGCUGCUGCUCCUGGUCAUGACGCUCCGGGUGGCGCUCGGCCCCGACGGCGUCGACGCCCUGCGCGCCCGCCUGAUGGCCUGGGCCAUGAACCGGUUCAAGACACAGCAGGAGCAGCAGCUCGCUGCCAUCAAGGCCGAGCUCUUUGAAGAGAUGAAGCAGAUGCAUCUGGACAUCCUGGAGAUUGGCGUCGGCUGCGGCACGAACCUGCAGCACUACCCGGCUGGCUCUGUGCUGACCUGUGUCGAUCCCAACAUCCAUUUUCAAGACUACUUCCGGCGAACGUGCGUCGAGCAUGCUGCCCACCUCCACCCGGACAUCCGGUUUGUUGUCGGUCAUGGCGAGGAUAUGACGGCCGUGAAGGACGGAUCGGUGGAUGCUGUGGUACUCACCCUGGUCCUCUGCAGCGUGCGGGAUCCCAGCAAGGUGGUGCACGAGGUCCAGCGCGUGCUCAGGCCGGGCGGCAAGUUUAUCUACCUGGAGCACAUCGGAUUUCCGGAGAACACAUUCCAGAGGCGGAUACAAGAUGCGCUGACCCACAGUGGUGUGUGGCCGUGUGUGAUGCAGUGCUGGCUCAACAGGGACCCCCGGAAGGUCAUUGAAGCCGGCCACUUUAGGUCCGUGGAGCAGCGCCUGCAGCCGAUUGUCGAGCAUCUGAGCCUCUGCAGUCCGCUGCACCUGAUGAAUCGCUGCCUGACGGGAGUGGCUACCAAAUGAUGUCGGGCAGGGGAGCAAGAAGCCAGGCAGCGGGUGCCUUAGCUCCCGCGUGGGGAGCUCCAGUUCGAAUCCCGGUGGUGCCAUGACCCCUACACGUUAAUUUGGUCACCUUAAUUUCUGGCGUCCCAUAAGAGGGCGCGCCACGACGCGUGCCACGUGUAUUUUACUGACAUGCCGUCAGCAGACAUGAGAGGUGGACACCGUGGACCAGGCGGCGCUGAGUCCGGCGUCCAUUCCAGGCGACGUUGAGUCGUCAGUCCAAUGGACACAAUGUGCGCGUUGUGAAGUAGGGUGCGACAACGCCGGUCAUCUUGAUAGAAUGCAACAGACAAGGUGCGACAGCUUGGGUCU